GACGUGAUUUAUAACCCGCCGUGUUUGCGCCAAACCUUCUCAAUAAAGCUCAGAGCUGGAGGCUGCUGUGGCCUGGCUUGUCCCACUGCUGUGUUCGCAAGUCGGCCGCUGGGCCAGGGCUGUGUCCUGGGGGCAGGCGCCAACCCUGCGGCUCUGAGAGCUGCCCUCCUUGCCUCCUGGCAUCGCACAGGGGUUCCCGGCCUGGGGGGGGGCACGACCACCCUGCCCGAGCGGGCUGGGGGCCUGGCUAGAUGUGAGGGAAGCCCAGGAUGGGAAAGGCUGAGAACUGCUGAGCGCUGCCUUCUCCCCACGCGGGCGGGCCCCACAGCACAGGCUAACGGAGCUUGGCCUACGUGGGCUGCCAUGUGCAGCCGGCCCGACAUGUCCUCCUGGUGCUAGGGCCGUGUGGGAGGUACCUGCGGCCCCAGACACAUCCCUGGGGCGUGUUCCCCAUCGCGCCACAGCGUGAACCCCGACCAGCGUUGGCCCUGAUGCCAACUCAGCUGAGGCCUCCGUGAUGCCCGGAGGGGGGGCAGAGCAGCUGUCUGGGCGGCUAGACUCUCCAGCAGCAGAUUGUGCCCAGCAAGAAGCGAUGGAACAAAAGGGAGAAAAGAACCAUCGUGCGCGUCGUUACAUAAAGGCUGCAGUGUUCCAAAAAUAACACCCCUUCCGCCGCCGCUUCGCAGAGCUCACGCUGCCUGCCUGCAGAACGAGAUGGCGACCCGAGCGCCUGCUCCGGGGGAUGCAUCGUGGGCACCUCCUCGCAGCUCCUGGCACGCUGCUUUGCAUGUGAUAUCCGAGAGCGGGGUCUCUGCAAAGCGCAGCUGAAAGGGUUGCAAAGGUCAUAGCAGACACCCCGGCGUUUGCCUUUCGCUCUCGCCCUCGGGGAAGGCCAGCUGCGUCUGCACAGCCCCUGAGUACAGAGCGAUGCUGAAUUAUCUGAGUGACUAUAAAUCAGGGUGCCGUCGCUGUGGCAGCUCACAGAGCGACCACGCGGGGGAGAUGGGAACGCGGGCGGUUUGCAGAGCUCGGUUACCGACGGCCAGCCGAGGUACCUGGCUGCGGAGAAGGGGGCGGUGCAAGAACUGCAAUUUCCCCACAUUUCGGGCACAGCUACUUGCAUUACAAAUGAUCCCAGGCUGUUUUAGGAUGGGACUGCCCCUCUCAAGCCGCUUGGCUUGCGUGGACUGCAUGGGGAACGCUAAGUGGGUCAGUUGACCAGUGUCGAGAUGUUACUCUGAGCACCGUGUGGCAUUACACCCCGUAUUCCUCCCAGAGCUAGUGUUAUAAUAUGAUUAUGGCAUAACUAAGAUGUAUUUUACACAAGAUGGGUCAUGUGAGGUGUCCUUGGAAAGACUGAUCUACUGACUACGAUUAUCCUAUGUGUAUGCAUGUGUCCUUUUUGUAUCUGAAGUUAGAAAUAUUGUCCUUGUAACUACUACAAAUGCGUUUACACUUGGGGAAGGCCCACUAGACCGAGUGCAAUCAGUCUAGAUUGCUGGUUGGAAGGGCCAUUAGGGAAAACAACAGGUCUUUGACGAUGCUAAUCUCCCACCUUCCUGGAAAGCCUCCUUGGGGACGCUGCAAACGGCCCUUGUGUUAUGGCUGCAAGAUCACGUGAGCAAGUCACCUGAUACUGGACUCUAUGAAUAAUGCUGACCAGUGGUGGGAACCACACUGGAAGACAAAGGAUUCCCGCCAUAUGUAAAACCUAUUUAAGGCAGGGGAGUGAUAUAAUCAGGGUUUGUUCUUCACUGAAUCCUCGACCAAGAUGAGUGCUGUAAACACCUAAGAAACAAAAACUUGUUUUUUUCCUCUAAAACCAGUUUGUGGAAUUCAUAACUGGAGGGGGAGGGGAGGAUCUGUGCCUAUCUUCCUCCACAUUGAGGGAGGGGGCGAAUGUCAUGAAUUUACACGGUAUCGUUCUCUGUGCAGUGCAAGACGAUACAAUUUUGGAUUUACACCCAGAGGGGGGUGUGCUCUUGAGUGCUGGGCAAUUUCUUAGCUGAGGCUUUCCAUGCAGAGCUGAUUUCAGAGUCUGUGUGUUUCUGCAGCUGGGUGUGUUCCUGUGUGCUGGGAAAGUGCAGUCUGAAGGCUGAGGGAGGGCUUGGCUGGCCUCCUUCAGCAGUACAGUGUAAAGGGAGCCCAGGCUGGUGGGUCAGGCAUGCGCAGUGAUACCCUAGUUCCAAGUAGCACCCUGGGGGGAACCCGUCACACACAGGCUGCCAACACCUGCAGGGAGAGCCCGCAGCAGGAAUUUGCAGCAGGGUUGUGCCCCCGCCCAUCAGAGCAGGGAGCGUCCUUUGGCAAGACAUGUGUCCAGCUGGCUGGCGGCAGAGUCCCUCAGAAGGAGAGAGGGGAUGGCGGAGUGGGUACUUUGGUGCAGGCCCGAGAUUCAUCUCUUUUCUAGCAGCUGGGCAGCUCAGUGCACUGGUAGUGGGAGGAGGAGCCUUUCACCCGAGUCUGCCCAAGGCAGAGCCACCCGAAAUGGUAACGUAUCGAGGCCUGUUCUGGUUCCUCCGAAAUGGGCAAUUUCACUGGCACUAGAGGUUGCCAGGCAACAGCCUCAGCUGGCAGGGUUCUUCACCCCACGGUUCCUGCCUGACAAGAGGGUGGGGAAAGCCCGAGAGGUGCUGAGCAACCUCGAUGCCCACUGAGUGCAACGUGGCACCUUGCAGCAUCGCAUCCGCGACCACCCUAGCAUGGAAACGGCAAGCGCCACGCGGGACGCCAUGCGGUACCGUUACUAACUCACCCAGGCUUGGUUUAACAACAGCGGCCCCUCUCUAGCAGGAGGGCACGUCUCCUCUGCCUGCCAGGAGACCCAUGGGUCCUGUGCAAAGCAGAUUCUCUCUGGGGGCCCCAGAUUGCGUUGACCAGACCCAGGCUACAGCAAUGUUACUUGCUCGGGGGCUGGGGGAAGCUGCAUUCAUGUCAGAGACCCAAAGGAGGAAGGGGUUUCAUACAGAGCCGGUAACAAUUCCACUGGUCACCUGCCUUCACUGCUUAGCUUGUUCCCAAGUUCUUAGCCCUGAGUUGGCAUGAGGACCUACUAUACUAAAUGAGCAGAUUGAUCUCCUGCGCCUGAGAGAAACAGGAAAGCAAAUUACUGUCUUGCGCCCUUAUGGAGAUGAAGGGAGACCACGCGGCAGAAAGAGGAGAGAACGAGACUGUGUACAAAACGUGCUGCAGCACAAAACUCUGCUACAAUAUCAGUGCCUUUAUCCAGCAUUUCCUUCCUCCUUGUGCUUAAUUUGCACCAGGGCUGAGCCCCAGUGCCCCUGGGCCUGGCAGUUCAGGGCCCUGUCGCCUCUGGGCUUGCUGCACCAGUUACAAAAGCAAAAGAAUUGCUUGAUCCCUGGCACCUUUCUUUACAAAUUAAGCCCAGCUUCUUCCCCACAUAUUUGCCUGUCAGUGGCAGGAGCCAUUAAAAAGAUGGUCAGAAACGACCUGCCUAUGCCGGGGAGCGUCUUGCUAGCCCAGGCAGUUCAUAAGGUACCAGAUAUUUAAACCACACCACUCUGGUUCCCUCCACCAUCACCCCCCACCUGAGUUUCGUGGCAAUCCCCCUGAGAAUAUUGGCUGCUGUGCAAACCCUCCGAGAGCCUUCCCGCCCACUUCUCACGUGGCACAAAGGGCGGCACUGAGCUCCUACGAUAGGAAUUUUUCUCACUGCGUGGCUAUAGCACAUGGGCAGGGACCGGACUCUCUUCUUGCUCAUAACAGUCUUAGCUGGCAUAACGCCAUCAACUUCAACUCAGUCACAUUGGUGGCAGGGAGGGGAUUUAGGUUGUUGGUUUCUUGAUGGAAUCCCUGAGAAGUUUCUGGUCCUAGCACGGACACUUCUUUGUUUGCUCACUAGUGACUUGUAUCCAAAACAAAGGUCAACAUCGGAAAGGCGGCUUUCCUGCCAGCCCUUCCAGGAUGACAUGUCCAUGCAAUUGCUGGUCUCUGGCUUUGUUCAGAGGCGCUCGCAUGGAUGUGUUUCAGGUUUAUUUCCACUGACCCAUCACCUUGGCUCCACGCAGAGGUGCUGAGCUUUGGGAGUUGCUAGGCUGUAGUGAGAGGCUCAAAAAGGAGUUGACAGAGAAAAAGAUCACGUUACCCAGCAUGAGGCAUAGUUACGAUGCUUGCUAGGCCGGUUAGUUAAAAGAAGUGUUUGGUUUUUUUUUAAGAGAAAUCAUCUCUAAUUUUGCAUCCACUGCCCCUCUGGCGGGGCACGCUGUCCAGUGGCAUUCCAAGGAGCAGCUGUUGGAAUAUACUUUGCUAUAAGGCCUUCAGUCCUGAAGAAUCCAACAUUGGGUUUCACCAACUGUAUGUCUCUAGCGCUGCUGAAAUGCAGCCACCUCUGAGGCAGAAGGGAAAGCCACCUGUGUUCUGCAGACCUGAUUCUAAUCUUCCUUACGCAGUGUGACCCAAUGGCACUACUCCAGAUUUACACCAGUGUCACUGAGAUUAGAAUCUGGUCUGUUGCUUUGUUUUGCAUCCUGGCUCAGAAAGCACUGGAAAGUACUAGGUUUACACGUCCGUCUCCUCCUUGUCCUAACACACAGCACACCACAGCCAUCCCUGCCCCACUUUGCGCUCUCGGCGCUAUGUUUAAAGCAUUACAUCCACAGCUUUCUCUUUCUGCUGAAAGUAAUGACUUUGGCAACAGUAGACAUUUACUGUUUGUUUGAAAGGCCCAGUUAUUUACUGUGCACGCAGCCAGCCGACUUCAGCAAUUUUUGUACUUCUAACCAUGGGGCGGGGAUGUCAGUUUGUUACAGGGAUAAAGUCUCUGGCUCCAAAAAUCCUGAAGCAGGGCUGGCGGUCGCAUUCUUUGAAAGCGAGGGUCUAGGGCCUGGCCUGCGUUCGGCUGAUGCGUGCAAACUCUAAAUCUCCUGGCCAACCCGCCCAACAAAGCAGGCUGCUUCGAAUGUGAAAGCUAAUGAAAUAAUUCUGCAGCUGGGGGUUUAGCGAGACAAUGGCUGCUGGGGAUCAGCUGACCUUGGUUUUCGUUGAGCUUUUAUCCAGCAUUCUCCCUUUGUAGCAUGCUUUAACUGUUUUGUAAAUAGUUUUGGCACCAUUCUGCUGAGGCGCAGUAUAAAUUCUGCUGCUCGGCUGCAGCCCCUUCACUGGCUCAAGCGGGUACUGGUGUAACUGGUGCUCAGUUUCACAAUGGCGUCAGACCAUCAGAUGCCAGCCUCUAAGCAACAGCAAACCAGCUCCAAGAUUGUCGUCUUUGAGCAAGAGAAUUUCCAAGGUCGCUGCCAUGAACUUAACGCAGCUUGUUCCAAUUUGAAGGAGGCGGGAAUGGAGAAAGUUGGCUCCAUCCUAGUACACUCUGGACCCUGGGUUGGCUACGAACAGGCAAAUGGCAAAGGGGAGCAGUUUGUGUUUGAAAAGGGCGAGUAUCCCCGCUGGGAUUCCUGGACCAACAGCCGGAGGAGUGACACCAUUGGCACCCUGAGACCCAUCAAAGUGGACAGCCAGGAACACAAGAUCGUCCUCUAUGAAAACCCCAGCUUCACUGGCAAGAAGAUUGAGAUAAUAGAUGAUGAUGUGCCCAGCUUCCAUGCUCAUGGCUACCAGGAGAAAGUGUCAUCUGUGCGGGUGCAAAGUGGCACCUGGGUCGGAUACCAGUACCCCGGCUACAGAGGCUACCAGUACCUGUUUGAAAAGGGGGACUAUAAGGACAGCUCAGAGUUUGGUGCCCAGCACCCCCAGAUUCAAUCCGUCAGGCGCAUCCGGGAUAUGCAGUGGCACCAGCGAGGGGCCUUUCACCCCACCAACUGAAGCCCCUGCCCCUCCUGAGUGCCCAGAGGAGAAGGAAACUGGAACCAGUUUUGUGUGACCUGCUGCUGUUCCCCAGUGGCCUCGCUCUCCCACAUGCCGCUGCGUGAGGAAUGCCGCUCUGCUGCUGAAUAAAGCUUUGAGUUUCAAAUGCUCAA